GUUCGAGAAGACGUGGGUGACAUUGCCACGAUACCAACCACAAGCUCUACCAAACCUUGCAACCUCGCUCACAUUCAUGCUCCUUGCAACACACGGCACACACACGCGAUACAUCGAGAGAAGACAGCCCAAUAUAGCAACACCUUCCCAGCGGUCUCUCACCCCGCCGGUCCGUUUUGCGUAGAGCCGCCGUCCGCCUCGCAGUUUAUCCGUUCACGCACACUCACACAAAACCGCGCGAGUCGUGGCGUCCCUGCAUUACUGUCCGAGAGAAACGAUCCCCGCCAUUAACGACAAAAGUAUCCGUACCAAGCGACCCAGCGAGAAGCAAAGAGCGUCGCCGCCAUGCCGCAGGACCGGUUCCGGCCGGCGCUUAUUGUCGUCGACUUCCAGGAGGAUUUUUGCCCGCCGCAUGGCUCACUCGCUGUGGCCAACGGACGCGACAUCCACCCGGUCGUCAACUCAAUGCUGCGCUGGCCGUUCGCGACAAAGAUCGCCACCAAGGACUGGCACCCGCCGGACCACGUCUCGUUCGCCUCGAACCAUGAGGGGAAGCAGCCGUUCGUCGACAUGGUCGACAUUGUCAACCCGCGCAACGGCGCCGAGACGUUCCGCACGCGGAUGUGGCCGGUGCACUGCGUGCAGGGGACGCCCGGCGCCGCCCUCGUGCCGGAGCUGGACGCCUCGGCCGUCGACAUCGUCCUCGAGAAGGGCCAGAACAGCAACGUCGAGAUGUACAGCGCCUUCUACGACCCCUUUCAGUCGCCGCGGGUGUCGGACACCGGGCUCGCGGAGGCCCUCAGGGACAAGGGCAUUACGGACGUCUACGUGGUCGGGCUGGCUGGCGAUUACUGCGUCAAGUGGACCGCGCUGGAUGCGAACAAGGAAGGCUUCCGGACCUUCAUCGUCGAAGAGGGCACGAGACCGGUGGAUGCUGAGAGAUGGGAUGAGUGCAAGGGCGAGUUGGAGGCCAGCGGGGUCAGGAUUGUCAGCGUCGAGGGGCCGGAGGUCCGGAGGGUUGUCACGGCAGGACGGGAAUGAGGGGCCGGCACACAAAGGGUCUCGUCUAAAAGUGGCGUGGUCGUCUCAUCAAUCGAACUCGAGAAAAUGUCUCCAGCUAGGAAGCCGAGGCAUCGUUUCUUGUUUCCUAUUUUAGAGGGGCGAUGCGAUCAAGCCAGGACACCCUCCCCUAUGUUUCGUUGGUACCAUUCUUGGGGAAUCCGUCAAAACGCGCAAUGCGGUGCGGCUGGCCGGCGCAUGGCAUGUGCCUCGAUGCAGCCCUAUCCUGGCAUGAAGGCGGCUAGGUGAAGCUUAUCGCAGUAGAACCGGCAGUGAAAAAAGAAAGAAAAAAAAAAGCAGAUAAUGAUUAGUGAGUCAAGUAGUUAUCCAGAGUAAGGUAAGAACUGAUACGGAUGGCAUGGUAUACACCGAUAGCACGAGUCGCAAUCUCAUUUCGACCGAGUCGAUAAGUUGGAGAGUGCCCAAUGACCGUUUGAGAUCGAUGCGUUAUCCAUCUAUUCAUCCACUGGCCUGAAUGCCAAACAGAGGUCAAAACCACAUACGGACUUGUCAAAUUGGUUUGGGUAAAACUCUGGU